CGCUACACUAUCCAGACCCGUUAGAUUUAGCAAACCAGCACUAGGGAUAGAUCAAGUGUCCGGUGAUAUAUUAUUUUCUGUAACAUAUCUAGCCAAAAAGGCGGAGACAGGUGGUAGUGGGCUCAGUAAGACUACGAUGAGGGGAAUUCAAAAUCAAACGAUGAUGGUUGACGAAAAGCCAGCAAUGUAGCUGGAAUUGGAUACACAGACAACAUCAUCGUGAUACAUAGCAUACUCUGAUAGGAUAGGACCGAUGGCUACAGUGUAGCGGUGCGACCUGACGUCGAGACCCAUUUAACUGAUAAUUGCAAAAUAGGAGAGCAUAGCAGCGCUCUUCGCGGAUAUUUGCGAUGCAAAUGCUUCCGCGAGGUGGACCUUGAGCAAUAUCCAGCGACUCUUUAAAGUGAGGUUGCAAGGAUAUACAUUUUGAGCUGCUAGCUAGCAAUCUACCCUAUGCAACACGUUGCUGACAAGCAAGACUUCAAGGUGUCAUUCAUACGCUACCACUAUUCAUGGGAUGACGUCGUGGCGUCGCCUCGGCUCUCUCUCCCCACUGCUGCCUCUCCACUCCUUUACCCUUGCCCCUGCCCCUGAGCUCUCCCUGGGCUCCUGACGCCACUGGCCAACCCUCCUCUCCUCUCUUCUCCUCUCCUCUCCUCUCCUCUCCUCUUCUCGCCUCUCCCACCCCCUUCUCCCUGUUCCGGCAGCCCGACUCCGACCCCGAGCUCCAGCAUGCGGCGCUUCGUCUACUGCAAGGUGGUGCUGACCACCUCGCUGGUGUGGGUGCUGGUGGACGUCUUCCUGCUGCUCUACUUCAGCGAGUGCAACAAGUGCGACGACAGGAAGGACCGCUCACUGCUGCCCGCCCUGAGAGCUGUGAUCUCCCGCUCCCACGAGGGUCCAGGCGAGAUGGGGAAGGCGGUGGUCCUCCCGAAGGAUGACCAGGAGAAGAUGAAGGAGCUCUUUAAGAUCAACCAGUUCAACCUGAUGGCCAGCGACAUGAUCGCCCUUAACAGGAGCCUGCCCGACGUAAGACUGGAUGGCUGCAAGACCAAGGUGUAUCAGGAUGACUUGCCCAACACCAGCAUCGUCAUCGUGUUCCACAACGAGGCGUGGAGCACGCUGCUGCGCACGGUCCACAGCGUCAUCAACCGCUCUCCGCGCCACCUGCUCGUGGAGAUCGUGCUGGUGGACGAUGCCAGUGAGAGAGACUUCCUGAAGAAGAAGCUGGACGACUAUGUGCGGAACCUGGAGGUGCCGGUGCGGAUCCUGCGCAUGGAGCAGCGCUCGGGCCUCAUCCGGGCUCGGCUGCGGGGGGCAGCCGCCACCAAGGGACAGGUCAUCACCUUCCUGGACGCCCACUGCGAGUGCACAGUAGGCUGGCUGGAGCCACUGCUGGCCCGCAUCAAAGAGGACCGGACGUCUGUGGUGUGUCCCAUCAUCGAUGUCAUCAGCGAUGAGACGUUCGAGUACAUGGCCGGCUCGGACAUGACGUAUGGCGGCUUCAACUGGAAGCUGAACUUCCGCUGGUACCCUGUACCCCAGAGGGAGAUGGACCGGCGCAAGGGGGACCGGACCCUCCCAGUCAGAACACCUACGAUGGCUGGCGGCCUGUUCUCCAUUGACCGCACAUAUUUUGAAGAAAUUGGCACCUAUGACCCAGGGAUGGACAUAUGGGGAGGGGAGAACCUGGAGUUGUCUUUCAGGAUCUGGCAGUGUGGGGGCUCGCUGGAGAUUGUCACCUGCUCCCACGUGGGCCACGUGUUCCGCAAGGCCACCCCCUACACAUUUCCCGGGGGCACCGGCCAGGUCAUCAACAAGAACAACCGCCGCCUGGCCGAGGUGUGGAUGGACGAGUUCAAAGACUUCUUCUACAUCAUAUCACCAGGUGUGGUGCGGGUGGACUAUGGAGACGUGUCGGCCCGCAAGGCCUUGAGGGACACCCUGCAGUGCAAGCCUUUCUCCUGGUACCUGGAGAACGUCUACCCCGACUCCCAGAUCCCCCGGAGAUACUACUCACUCGGAGAGAUCAGAAACGUGGAGACCAACCAGUGCGUGGAUAACAUGGGCCGCAAGGAGAACGAGAAAGUGGGCUUCUUCAACUGCCACGGCAUGGGGGGAAACCAGGUGUUUUCUUACACGGCCGAUAAGGAGAUCAGGACCGACGACUUGUGUCUGGACGUCUCACGCCUCAACGGUCCAGUGGUCAUGCUCAAGUGUCACCACAUGAAGGGGAACCAGAUGUUUGAUUACGAUGCAGAGAGGCUGACCCUCCUGCACGUGAACAGUAACCAGUGUCUGGACAUGCCGUCUGACGAGGACAAGAUGGUGCCCACCCUGAGGGACUGCAACGGCAGCCGCUCACAGCAGUGGAUCCUGAGGAACAUGACCCUCAGCGCGUGAGCUGCCUUCUCCCCACAUGACCCCUCGACCCUUAACCUCUGACCUCCAGCCUGCCAGGCUGGCACCCCCCACCUGAGAGAGCCUGUUGGCCCUUGGCGUGCCCAAAAAGGGCACUUGACAUCAACCACACACUCACUCACACACAGACACACACGAUACCAUUAGUGCUGCUACUGUUGCUGCUGGGACCUGUGACUGUGUAGGAACGGGCGAAAGCACCCUCUCCCCUCGGCCUCUACUGCAUGGCUUAACCAGCCUAUCUGUGUGAUUGAGUGUAUUUUUGUGUGGGAGAGUUUUUUGUUUUUGUGUGUGUGUGUGUGUGUGUGUGUGUCUGAGAUUAAGAGAGAGGUUGUCAUGAGGACUUCAUCCCGCCCUACCUGCUCAGAGACUGUUAGUCGAGCUCUUUGUGCUUCAGUCACCAGGAGCUGACCACCCAAGCGUCUGUGGACACUCACAAGACUGUUGCUCCACUCCAGACAAAACCCAAAGCAAGACUGCAUUACCCAGAGUGCUCAGCAAAUCUAGCUGUGGGACCUUUUCCAUAUCUAGAGAUCAUACAAUCACCUUGCAUUCUGCACAGUACUGCACAUACUUUCCGAUGCAAGUACAACAACACGCAAGGGGCCUGUCAAUUAAUAUCACAUCUGACUUCCCUCGUCCAUAUCUCUACUUAUCAGACCUGUAUUGGAAAUCUUACUAUUUCUAUUAAAUACAUAAUUUUAAGGAGAGGACUACUGUUUGGGGAAACCAGUUGUCAGACUUAGACCUGUAAGUAGAUAUUAUUUUUUGCAGAAUCAGAUGAAGAACUGCCAUCUUGUCUGCAUGUCUCUUUGCAAGAAAAAACUAGUGCACCAGUGACACUGUUUAAGACGGCAGUUAUGGUGUGGGAAGCUUUUCAAUUACUGCAGAGAUAUUGACUUGUGGUGUAUUGAUUUUGCCUUAAGGAAAGUUUGAGUUAUCGUAUCAUUAAUAGGAACUCAUUGUGUGGAGCACUGAGAAAAGGUGGAUGGAGCCACCGUUGCUAUGGAGAGGUACUUGACACAUUUCUAUCCAUUGUUGUUUAAGUAACUACAUUCUACCUGGAAGCAAAUCCUUUUUUCAACUUAACACAGGGACGUGUGUUGAAUCUCUCUGUUUUUUUAUUAUCAUUUCAAUAAUAUGUUGCUUAACUGAUAUUAAUUCAAUUUUAGUUGUUUUUUUGUUAUUAAUGGGGCAUCCCAAUGUGUUGUCUGUUUUUUUUUUUUUUUUAGUUUGCAGAUUUGAUAUUAAUCCUGUUUUAUUUGGGUCGUUGCUGUUGUUUGUUUUCAGAAAACACUUAUUUCCCUAAAUAGUCAAGUGUCCUAUUUAUAAUUAAAAAAACACUGAUAUUUCAGAAAUGUAGAGAUUAAGUGAUUUGACAGAUGUUGAUUACCCGGUGGGCUAAAGUGAAGGGUCCAUGUAACAAUGUAGAAAGCCUCACCAAAAUAUCAAUGCUACUGUAUCUAUAGGCAACACAUCAUGAUAUCCCUCAAGCAGAUAUAUGGCAAGACAGUAUAAAUACCUGUACAGACAAAUCAUUGUCAUUCAACCCUUGACAUACAAGCCUUGACUACAACACAAACUACUGUACUUUUAAGUUAUUAUUUUUGUCAUUAACAACCAUACAAUGCAGUUGGCAUAUUGUAAAUAAUAUAACCAAAAGUUUUUGAGCACCACUGUACAUACACAAAAAAAAGAUUAUUUUUUUAAGAUGCAACUUGAAAGCCCUAUGGAAAUUUAGAGUGUAGACAUUUACUAUAUUUAAGUGCACUAGAGUAUUUUGUCAUUAUUAGCAGUUUGGUUGGAUAUACUUUAUCACUGUAAGCUAAACUGACUUCAAAACCCCUUUACAUAUCAUCAGACUACUUUCAAGAUUUUACAUUGCAUAAUGUUUUCAUGCAUCGGCACUUCUUGAUAGCUUUAUGUAGGAAGACCAGAUUGAUUUAAGCAAAGUUGUAUUGUUUACAUGUAUUUAAUUUGAACAGCUAAUUUAGUCUGAUUAAGUCCAUUAAAAUGGACUAAAUUGAAUAAACUAAAAGGGGUGUUGUUACUUAAUGACAGAGGAAGGAACACACUCAAUCAAAACUAAACUCUGACCCAUGCUACGGAAUGUGAAUAUUUAUCGUCUAUGAAACCGGUUGGUCACAGAGUGACUUUCAUGGCAUUUUUAAGUGCAUGGUACAAAACAUAGCAACAUAGAUUGCCUUUCAACUUUGAAAUGUGUAACUUUGUAUUAGUCUUGAAGUGAUGUUAACCUGUUUGUACAUUUUUUGUAAGGCAAAAAACAUUGAACACAGGAAUGGAUUGAGUGUGUAUUUAUCAUGCAUACUCUAAUGGAUUCUACUAACAAACUGAACUGUGAGCUACAAUAAAUCACUGUUGAUGAA